UGUGGUCUCGAACUUUUACGUUUGUGUUGUAAUUUUUCAUGAAAAAUGAUAGCAAAAUCUUAAGGAAGGAGGUAAGGAAAAAUUAAAAUAUUUUAUUUUUAUCGAUAGCGACGAUUAAAAGCGAAUAACGCGAGCGAAACCUAUUGGGCUCACAAGUACAUUGAGAGAUUCUGACAGCAUUCACUUCUGUAUGCGUGUAAACAUCGCUUAAGCACGUAUUAUCCGGAUACGCAUAACACGCUAGCAAAGUUGUGAUAGCGAGUCAUGAGCAAGUGAGCAACCAUCACUGCAUCUUCGGGAAACAAUACAUCAACAAACAACGCACAGUUUUGUACAAUAUUUCCCUGCCAAAGGAACUGGGCCGUCAGUUUACGCUUCCCUACGUCCGAAAUACACUCCAGCGGGGUUGGUCAGAAUAGCGUCCUGUUGCAAAAAAUGCGGUAAAUAGUGCUGACGCUGUUACUUUCAUAGGCUGGUGGAAUAACAAUCGGUGAAAUUGCGUUCAAAUACCGACCGCAAACAUGAACCCGCAACAAUUUUCCCUAAAGUGGAACGGAUACAAUUCCUACGUCGUCGGAGCAUUUGGCUCAUUUCGCUAUGAGGAAGACUUCGUCGACGUGACGCUGUGCUGUGAAGGGCGCAAGAUUCGCGCACAUAAAAUAUUGCUCUCCGCCUGCAGUCCCUACUUCAAGGAGGUGUUCAAGGAAAAUCCUUGCCAGCAUCCGGUGAUUAUUUUUAAAAAUGUGCGCUACACGGACCUGCUGUCGUUGAUCGAGUUUAUGUACCAGGGUGAGGUGAACGUGCUGCAGGAGCAGCUUCCAUCGUUUCUCCACACGGCCGAGCUACUGGCGAUCCGGGGGCUGACGGACAAUACGGCGGAUAUGCGCCAGCCAGUAAGCACCACUUCGUCCGCUAUCGCACAGCAACUGUUGCAGAGCCAAAUACUGGACAAGUCUGCUACGAUCACGUCCGCUGACUCGCUGUAUCUCACCAUGCCGUCGUCGAUGCCCACUUUAAUGCACCCACCGAAGCUAGUACAAGCGCAAAUUUCGACCACUCCGAUCAUCACAAAACCAUUGAUCAAAUCGCCACCGCCCGAAAUGCCCCCACUGACAAAAGCAACCUCGCUUGCUAUCCCAAUCGUGCAGCAGCAGCAGCAGCAACAACAACAACAGCAACCAACCAUCGUUAAAAUGCAGGUUCAUGCAUCGCCACAGCAACAGGUUCAUCAAGUAGCCGUGCAGCAAGUACAACUGACGCAGCCAUCACAGCAGCAGAGCCACCAACAGACAACGACCCAAGUACAAUCCCAAACACAGCACCAAACUACCCAGCCUACUACAUUGCAGGAGGUCGUAGCCAGUGUCGUUCAAUCUCCACGAAAGAAGAAGCUUAAGGUGGAACAUAUCAGCACGCCGCAGCCAACUUCAUCCGCUUCCGUUGGAUCUACGGUAACGGUUACAACUGCCAGUUCGGGACAAACGGGCGAAAGUGAAGUUUACGAAACGGAUACCUAUGCCAUCACUGCAAGCGAUACACGAACGGAACAGGAACAUGAGCAGUAUGAAGAAAAUGACGAACAAACAACAGGUGGUGUCAAUACGCUGAAGAUGGAAAUACCGGAGUUUAUUAGCGUCGGCGAACCAAUUAAUGCGGAAUCCUACGAACUUGUUUCGGAAAACAUAGAAGAACGCGAUGGCGAUGGUGACGCCGUGCUGGAAAGCUCCGAAAUGGAUGUGAAUCGUAUUUUCCAACCAUCAACGGAUGAGCGGAAGAAAUCUAACAUAUUACAAGCAAGCAUGGACAAAAUAGAUCUAAUGACCGACGAAAAGCCGUACAAGUGUCCCGAAUGCCGACGUACGUUCUGCUCAAUAAAUGCGAUGAAGCGACACCGGCAGGCCAAGCAUUUGGAAUUGUCAUCCUCCUACGAAUGUGCUAUGUGCGACGCGCGGUUCAAAACGAAAUGGUCACUGUCAACGCACAAGUCCAAAUAUCAUCGCGGUCAAACCGUACCCGGUACGAGCAGUGGGGAAACACGAACCGACAACGCUACGGACACCACCAAGAACACUUCGCCUGCUGCAGAAAAACGGCCCACGAUCGGAACGAUGUUGACGCGCGUCAAGACACGCCACUUAUCGUCGGUAGAUUCGUAAGCGAAGCAAGCGCAACGUGCGUGCCAUUACAUGAUAGUUGUAUAGGAUUACAACAGUACGAUUGUGUUUUUUCGUGUAUAGUUUUAGUUAAUCAGCAAUUUCACGACGUUGGAACUUUUACCCAAUUGAUUCGAAUAGCAUAUUACUGUAAAGUGUGGUUUUCUGUCGGACAUUUAUUACUAUGUGACGAUGACAUUAUUGUCGGAAUGAAUUUUAGUAAAUCAACUCAAAAUAAAUACUAAAUUUAGAACAA